GCGAACACAGCAACAGGGCAGGGAACCAACAUCCGCCUGCAGUGUUUCCUUCCUCUUUAUCUGUUCAACUUUCGUCCUCCCAUAACUUACCUCUACCUGCCUAGAGAUAAUCGAUAGAAUAACUCGACUCUGACCCGCGAACCUGAUCGGAAGAAAUGGGAACGGAAAGUCACGAUACCGCCCCGGGGCCCUAUCAUGCUCAUCAACGCAUCUAUAUGGUGUUCACAUUCGGACAGGGUAGUCCACAACGGGAGCAACCGCGCUUAUGAUACGGUAGCUGGCGCGCUUACUCGCAGACAACCUCAUGCCCCUGGCGAAGGACACCCAGCGCUUACGGGCCCUUCCCGGACCACUAUGUAUCUCCUUGGGUCUCCAGUCGGCAUAUUCUUCAAUAACCUGGUAUGAACUACUAGCUUUGAGUAGUGUAGCUCUACUAUUUGGAACUCGGACACUUCCCGAGCGCUAACUGACGGCAUCCCAUCAUGAUGGCUAUGCACAACCCCGGUUGGCCUAGAGAAUAUUGAAGACAUAUAACGAGCUAUAGUCUUGCAUAGCCAGUCAAUAAAUCCAAUACCUCUUCAGAGCCCUCGAAAGCGGUUCAUCUCGCUCUAACCUCCAAAAUGUGCACCUUCUGUUACACCCCCUAUAUCGGGUGCCCAAAAGGACGACGGCACUACUACCUCCAAUGGUUAAAAUGCAAGACAGCCAUCAAGAACGGCCACAGUUACUGUCCCAUCGGCGAAUCCACCGAGGUUAGAGAACUCCAGAAACUUUCUGGGAAUGUUCUGGCUUGCCCGUUCCAUACCCAUAUCGCCAUACAACAAAUUGAGUUCGAGUUCCGCCAACGAGACGAAGUCCCAAGCCCGAUAGACUCAUCCGACCCUUCUUCUCCCACAACGUCCAACACAACUUAUGUGGCUUCUGACGAUGAAUCCGAGAUUGAGUUCAGCCAAGCAGGUCAGAAGUCCUUACACCGGCCUUCUAGCACCGCAGUAUACCUCGACCUAAGGUUUCCCAAACCCGGUCCCAUCAAGCGGCACAAGUCAGCAACAACUACGAAGACGGAGACCAGAAAAAUACAACGAAGCACGGGCAGGAGCCAAGACAGCCAAAGUGAACCAAAUACAGCCAUUAUUUGCGUCAAUUCUGUUCCCAGAACGAGCAGUAGCAGCAGCAGCAGCAGCAGCAAGAGAGGCCCGGUCAUCAGUCCAGGCCUCCCAGCUAGCCCGGCUGCCUAUCGUCAGAAUCGAAGUCAACCCCAGACACAACUACAUGCCAAACUUACCUUGAAGGCACUUACCGAGGUUGAUGAAAGCAAAAAAGAGUUGAAGAGCGCCAACAAGCUCUCAGAACCAGCCUGCUGCCCACCCAGUCCUCCUCCACCCGAAAUCAUUACAACCUUACCGACACCAGUUGACCAGGGCAAUCCAUCCAACCCUGACCUUUUGACUCGCCGCCUGGGACCCUCGACGACACUUACCAUAACGAUUACCAAAGCCCCAAAACUCAACAUUCAAAAAAUCACAUCUUCCAAGUCCGAGCCAGAUCUGAAGUCAACAUCCAAAGGUCUCGAAUCCAGUAACUCCACAACCACCUCUACUUCUCACACAUUUGAUUCCUUCCUCACUCCCUCCGGUACUCUUCAACCAGACUCUAACACUGCCAACACGCCAACCACGACAACCAAGACCAGCAGCAGCAGUAGUAGUAGUAGCAGCCUCCGCAGCCGCAGCGGCAGCCUCUUCACCCGUCUAAAAGACGGUACGACAACAACACUCCAUCACUCCGCGCUAAGUCGUACACUCAGCGCCAGCACCACCACCACCAACACCAACCGCCGCCGUCAAGCAUCAGCCACACACCCAAAGAACGUCGCGCCAUGGGACCAGGUGCUUUUACCGGCCUCGAUCUCCAAGCCUGUCAAUCUUGAAGUUGGAGUGAAUGCCUCUACCAGGAAACCAACAAACCUAGCGGUAGACGAAAUCACCAAUUGCACUAGCUCGGAAACAAAGGCAAUUGAGGGUCACCUCCAAGAGAGGAGGUUAGGGGGCCAAGGUCCGAGGACAGCGCCGUUGCCAGCCGAGAUGGAGGCCAUGAUGUCGAGAUUGGAAUCGGUCGGAGUUGGUGUUGGGCUUGGGAUCGGACUGGGAGUUGUUACGCGUGAUACUGAUGAGGGAAAAUUUGUAUCUGGACAUAAAAGGAGUUGUUCGGCUACUAUGUUACAGCGGAGAAUGGGAAUAGGGCUGGGCGGCUUGAGGAAGAAGAGCGAAGGUAGUUGAUCGGGUGGCUGUGCGUUCUUGCCUUCGGGGCUUUUUGGUCGACGUUGAACAGAUAGGUAGGAAACGAUUGGUCAGCCUGAAGUGGGCAUUGAGGCAUUGUCGGUGGAAUGUGACAGACCGUACGAGGGAAAAUGCAUGCCAAGUCUACCUGUUCUAGUGAAUGAUCAUUCUACCUCACCGUCGUCCCAACAUACAUCUCGAUAGGUACACUUGCGUUAUACAUUAGUUUAGCUUAGCCAAUGAGCCACCUCAAGGAUGAACGAAAUGAGUACAUAACGGGCGGUAUCCCACCACUUAUUCUUCUGCACCCUUCUGUUUCUUUUCUCGGUUACCGACCCCCUCUUUUACCUCUAUUCAUCCCAGAGUCUCCUUUUUUUUCUCUCUCCGAGCUAAGGUACCCUAGCUACAUGUAAAGAGGAGCUUUGUGGUUCUGUCGCAAUGGCCGAAAGAUAAAUCAAAGUGGAAAAGGACGAAUGGUACAUCAAACGCCACUUUGGUCGCCGUAGGUCACCUCUCUUCCAAAAACUCCAAUCACCUCAACGACGCACGAACACGGUCUUUGCCUACCUACCACCGGCAGCCCCUUCUCAAAGCCUCCGGGCUGAUCACGCUUUAACAUACAUACCUAGUCACCCUUUCAUCUAGACCGCAGCGCAAGCCGUUACCUCCUAUACCUCUCCCCAUGGAGCCUGUGUUGUCAACAUCAAAUGCCAACUUCAAGUCGAGAUACCUCAAUGCUAGGUACCGAUAGCCAGCAAAACGAAUAUCUUUAUCUUAGACAACACUUCAGUUACAACGCUAAGAGAUUCGACAACACAUUUGCCGGGGGUGGAUAUGGUUUAAUCUGGACAGCCAGGUAUUGGGUUAUUUAGAAGGUCUUGGUCAUGACACUUACGGGUCAAUCAAUGUCUUUCUCACAUACCUAUACUAGAGGAUCGUUUCACUCAACGGUACAAUCAAGUCACAAGCUACUCAAGUAAAAUAUAAAUGAAGUGAAUGCAAC